GUUGUGCUUCAUUAAAUUGCUGAAAUUUGUCCGUACAUUUCGUUUAUUCCUUACUCUGUAGUGUUGUAACUGUGUGAACCAAACAUUCCACCAUGAAUCAGGACGAAGACGUUCCGACAAGAGUCACCCGUGGUGCUCUUCGCCGGCGUUCGGUUGACCAGGAAGCAACGCCACAGAAACCGACUGGUGCAGCAGUAAGCGGAACACCAAAGAAAACAAACAGUACCUCCAAGCGGGUUGUUGCACUGAACGCGAUACAGGAAAGUGAAAGUGGUCGUCCAUCCACGCCGAUCGUCGGUCGCACCACUCGACGCCGGAUGUCGGAAACCAUCGACACCCCAACAUCGUUGCCCAACAAACUGGUGCAGAACCUCAAGGAAGCGGAAUCGAAGAACGGAGAACCGGGUAGACGUUCGCGUAAUACUUCACUUACGGAGGAGAAUUUGAACGAACUGAAUGCAACGUACGAGAGAAACAGCACGACGCUUACCACCCGUCCUCGUACGCCAGCUCGUCUCCGUGCGUCUCACGAAGCGUUGACAUCAAUUGGUUCGCCCCAACCCCCCGUCACUGGCGUACGUCGCUCCACUCGGCGCAACAGCGUUACGUCCGAUGAUGGAAACAGUUCAGUACAGUCGCUACCUGUUACCGUUUCGAAGAUGGGAACCGGUGUGCGUGCUCUAAAGGAUGACACCAUUAUUGAGGAGGACGACAGAGACACUCGGGCUGAAUCCGUAUCGUCCGACACGUCCACACGCCAAAAACGAGCACAAUCGGCUUUGUCAGCAGUGUCUGCUGCUAGCCCCCGCAGUACUCCGGCGAGUCCGGUGUGUGAUGUGACAGCUGAAUCAUCACCACCAAGCGGUAAAAAAACACCGCGCAUUGCUAUAACACCUCUGUCACUUUCAAAACUCUCACCGCGCUCCAAGAAUGUUUCCUUCAGUGAUGAUUCCAAACGGGAUGACCAUCAGAGCUCGCUUCCCAAAACACCUACAUCAGUGACGAAGCAAAUGUUUGUAGUCGUGGAAGAUCUGCGCAAUUCGGAACUGAUGUGUGCAUCACCGCGUGUAACUGGAGCAGUUAACGCAUCUUCAAAAAUGGUUGAGUCGGAGAAGAAAGGCAACCCGGUCAAUGCAUCUCCCAAAUGCGAAAAUAUGGUUAGCCAGCAUCAGCCACCGACUACUGAGACAGUUGCAAGUGUCAGUAAGGAUGAAAUGAAUGAUUCUACUACAUCCAUGAUCGAUGAUAAGGAUAAAAUGAAUGAUUCUACUACAUCUAUGAUCGUCUUAAGUAAUGGAGAAUGUGCCGAGGAAACAUCAAUUGCAAAUAAUGUCAGCGGAAUCGAGGUAUUAGAAGCUUCUGUAAAAGACACGGAGAACACAACAGUAACGAAUGAUAACGGUACUGUUACCGAUGGUAGUCGUACGGCGGAUCAGUCCCUGUCGGAAGGAAACAAAUUUUCAGCCUCUUGGUCACAGUCGGUACGUCGUUCGGCUACGAAAGGCAUCGAUGAAUACAGCAUCCGCAAGCAGGAAGAACAGGAACGGCUCGAAGAGGAGAAAGCAACACUUCAGAAGGUUAGUUUGGAUUCGUCGCUGGAAACUCGUUCACCUGUAACUAAGCAACAGUCAUCAGAGUUGAAAAAAGAUGGAGAGGAUACAUCAGAAGAAGAAGAAAAUGAAGAGGAAGAAACACGGGAACGUAACGAGUUUGUGGACGAUGAAGCUUUAGAAGUCGAGGACUAUCAGUCAUGCGAUUCAAUGGACAGCGAGUUACGAAAGGAAAUCGCCGAGAAUGAAGUUCCAGAACAGGGUGAAGAUUUGGGUAGCGAAGAUACGGAAGAGGAACCGGAAGACGAUGAGGAAGAUGAUAACGAUUCGUGGCUUGUUUCGGACGGUGAAGAAAUGGAGCCGAUGGAAGAAGACGAGUUGUUGCAAAGUUCAAAUGACGAUGUAGCAUCGAUGGUGGUGGAGGAAGAUAGUGCACAGCCCGUAUCGAAACAACCGAAAAAAGCUACUCGUCGGCGACGUAUUGUGGACCCGGUGGAUGAUAGCGAUGAGGAGGAAAAAGCUUCGUCUCCUACGAAAUCUCCUAAGCGGAACAACACCACGAACACCCGACGUUCAGCAACACCGGCUUUGGGAGGCGAAAAUCUUAAUUUGACGCCAACGAAGAAAUCAGUCGCUGCCGAAAGCCACGAUGAUAUCGUAAAACCAGUUGAUAAGACUACUCCGAAUGUCAAGGCCGCUUCGAAGGAAACAUUUGGCGUUGGAGAAAAAAUAGAAACCAGUGGGGGUGUACCGACAACUCCGUCUGCUGGUAAGAAAUUGCCAGCAAAAAUUGCUUUGAAAUCUCCGUCUCCGGUUACUAUGGUUAGCACAAUCGCAGUUGAGGAUGAAAAACAAAGUACUGACCCUAUCGCAGACGAAGAACAGGAGGAAGCAAAGGAUUGUUCUAAGGUAAUGAUUGAGGAUGUCAAGCAGAAGGAAGAAUCGGAUAUUCAAAACGAUAGGGAGGAAAUGGAGUGCGGCGAGACAUCCGCAUUGUCUUCUUUGCUGUCCAAAUCACCUAAGAAACCCAUCAACUCACGCAAAAGCCUGCCCGCUAAGGCUGCAAACAUCACAGAACCACAAAGCGUCGUUGCUGAUGCGCGCAAAAGCCUUCCAGCUAGCGCUAAACUGUUCACGGCGCAUGAAAAGACCGCACAAUCCGACGAAAAUGCGUUACAUGACGAGCUACUGGAGAGAAAUGAAAGUGUAGAAGAAGUAGUUGAUCUGGAUGAAUAUUCGGAAGAUGAAACUGCUUUAUCCCCGGACAAGAAGAAGACACCAAACGAAUCUUUAGCGGUGGAAAUAACAUUAGAUCAGCCGUCGAAUAAUGGAUCCAGUACUGGUCGAAAGUCUAUGCCACCCGUAUCCCUCAUUUCGGCACAGUUUUAUAUCGGAGCAGCGAAGAAGCGCAACACUAUCGGUGGUGGCAAUACGAACGCAAUGACAUCAACGCCAAAACAACCGGAAAAGGAAAAGGCUUCGACUGAAAAGAAUAAAAAUAAUACAAAUACACCAGUGGCAAAGAAGAUGGUGGCCACUGACGGUAAUUGCGUCGUGCCGAAUCCUUUUGCUCUUGCAAAGGGAGGAAAACCUAAGUCACGUGUGUCGUUAGACUCUGGUGUAGCGGUUGCCGAUAGUCAGCAACAGCAACAAGCUGUAAAAAAGGCACGACUUUCGCUGCCAGCCAAACUGAUCGAAGAAACUCCUUCACCAUCACAGUCGGAGCCGGCCAGCCAGCAACCGGCUCCAGAACCUAUGGAAGUGGACGAAGUUCCGGAUGAAGAAGAGAAUGUAACAAAUGGGGAAAAGCAUAAUGGCGAAAUGACGGACGACGAUGAUGACGAAAAUUCAGUGCAGGAAGUGCAGUCGACUGAAAAGCAACGCACUAAAGCGCCAAAACCGAAAGCAAAAGCUCUGGAGGAUUAUGAUCUGACAAACAUACUGGUCCGCUGCAAUGAGUUUGUCCGCGAGGAUAAGGAGCGCAAGAAGCAGCUUGCGUCCGUACUGCGUAAAAAGAAGGAAGAGAAGAAAAAGCAGCGAGAGCUGGAGCAGCAGCAGGAACUUGAAGCAGCUAAAGCAGCUGCCGCUAACGCGUUGGCAGCCAACAAAGAUGAUCCAAACAGCACCAAUGCUUCGACCGGCAACGAUUCCACAGGGCAGGUUGAGGAAUUGUUGAAGAAAAAGAAAAAGCGAAAGCCUAAAAAGGUUAACUAUUUGCUGGAGGAACUAGCAGAAACAAAGAAGGAACGCAUGGAACAGGCUUUACGGCGCAAGCUGGAAGUGGUCGAGCGUCGCAAGCAGCGCAAAAAAGAGCGUCAACUAGAGAAGAAAAUGCAGGAUAAGGAAAAUGGACACGGUGGGGCGAACGUUCCAACGGUGGCAGCCAGUGGAAUCGGGGCUAAGUUGGAAAAGUUAAAGAAAAAAUCAAAACCAUCGAAGCAGCAGGACAAAUUGAAGGAGCCACCGGUACGGGUAGCCCUUUCGGCAUUCGCCGUAUUUAACCAAGUUCCAACCAACCAGGUAGAGUUGUCAAGUCCUUCUAUUGUCGAGAAAGAUGGAAAGCAAACCAAGGCCGACGAAUCGCCUGUUGAAAAGAAACAAAAGCUUAAAGUAACGGAAACGGUAAAUGAAACUAAAAAGCUUAUGGAAUCUGCUGAGAAGUCACCAAAAGAAAAAGCCAUUGUCAAGAAAAAAGCAAGUUUGGUCCCGCAACCGGAAGAAGCUUUGAUAGAAGCCGAUAAAAGGGACACUUCUGUACCCUACCUUACACUCCAGCCUGCUGCUGCCGGUGAUGGUAUGCCGAAAGAGGUUGGCAAAAUUUCCAAAAAACAAAAAAAGCAGGCAACGAAAACCUCCUCGAACGGUGAUUCGGAACUACGGAAUGAAAUCGUCGAAGUAAUGGCGCAGUCCACAGAACCAGCCAGGAAGGUUGAAAAGCCGAAGGGAAAGAAAGUAAAGGAGCAGGUGGUUGAGUUUCCAUUGCAAGAAUUGGGCUCCAGCUCCAGUAUCGUUCCAAAGCAGAAAAAGAGCAAAAAAAUGAAGCAGCUUGAAGCUGCUGCAGCAGAAAAACUUUCGAGUGCGAUGGCUGAGGUGCGUGCCGAGCGUGAAAAGAUCAGCAACGUUAAAAAAACAAACAAACAAUUUGCGUCUCUGCAAGAAGAAAAACUAGCAGUAGAACAGGAGGCAUUAGUUGUUCCGACAAAGAAGCGUAAACGUGAGCAGCAAGGAGGAGACAACAGCUCAGUCGCAUCAACGCCUCGCCCAGCGAAACACACGAAGCUGCGUGUCCUGCAACGAAUUGAAAGUGGUGGCUUCUUUGAGGAAAGCGUGACACCGCAUAAGCUACGCCUGAAGCGGAACUUUGGUUUCGACGAGCGACAGGCAACACCGGCCAAACAGCUCGGCUUUAGGGUCUCCUCAUUGCUACCCAGCGGACAGGAUGAGCUCCGGGGCAUGGCCACAUCGUCUUUUAAAAUAUCCACCAAGCAAGGGGGCAACAAACCUUCCAAGUUUGGAGAUGUGGUGGCAACCGGACCGAACGCGAGCCUACCGCUGCCGGUAUGGACCAGUUCGGGCAUAUUUCUUGAGUCGGCGAUCGACGGUGAUGGUAAUGGCGAGAAGAAGAAAGCACAAAAAUCAAAGCCAAUUUCCAGCACCGCUGCUGAAUCCGGCUAUAUCCAGCUAAAGACCCAGGGUAAAGGAGAUUUCAGCCUCAAGAAGUUGCGACCUGGACCGAUAGCCGAAAAACCACAUCGGGUCGACCCAACCACAACUGGUCAGUCGGUGUUGAAUUUUAAGCGACAACAACUGCUCGAAAAGACGGCCCAUUUGCGUGACAAGAAGAAGAGCCAUAUUGUGUAA